GCUUUCUUCUCGACGAUAAGCCGACGACGGACGACAAUGGCCAAGGGCGACGACGACAACAACGGCAGCAGCAGCAGCAAGCAGAUCUCGGUCCUCUUCUGCUGCCUCGGCAAUAUCUGUCGCUCGCCGCUCGCCGAGGCCGUCUUUGCGUACGAGGUCGAGAAGCAGGGGCUCAAGGCCCACUUUGGCAAGAUCGACAGCUGUGGGACGGGCGCCUACCACCAGGGCGAUCCGCCCGACGAUCGGACGGUGGCCGUGUGCCGGCAGAACGGCGUGCCGAUCCACGGGACCGCACGCAAGGUCAAGCUGUCCGAUUUUGCCAACUUUGACUACAUCUUUGGCAUGGACGCCUCCAAUGUCCGGAACCUCAUGGCCAUGCAGCCCAGGAACAGCCGGGCCAGUGUGCACCUCUUUGGAGACUUUGAUGACAAGAAGCCGAUUGUAGACCCGUACUAUGGCGGCGACCACGGCUUCCAGGCAGCCUUCAAGCAGUGCGAUCGGUACGCCAGAGCAUUUCUCGCCUCUCUGAACCUCGAGAAGUCGUCGCAGCUCUGAGCUUCGACGAGGCAGGGGCAAUGCCGGCAUCUAAAGCACCGCCACUCAGCCGCCGGUCCGUCCUGCCGAAGAGUGCCAGACAUCCUAGACCCAGUAUCCGACCGGCAUUCGCACACAACAGGGAUUGGAGAUGCUACCCCAAUUUGUUUUCAUAGACGCCUGCUCCAGCUCAUAGAACGAGAAGUGCAUGGCAACAAACUCAUCAAGGGUGCU